AGUGUGUAACUGCUGCUCCUGUUCCUUCUGCUGCUGUGGAAGCAACAAUUUAUUUUUGGCAUCUGACAUUAGAGCUCACCCUUUGCAAUGGCAGGAGCAGCCCCACAAAGCCGCGACAGCACCGGCGUUUGGCUGGACAUCUUUGUCCGUCCUCUUAACACUUUGUGAACAGACCCAGUAUUGAUGAUGGAUAACCUUCGUAUCAGGGACUGACCGGCACGCCUGUUGUGAGCUGUAAGAGGAGAGCAGUUUAGUACCUUUGGUGGUGAACCAGCAUCACUCCAUCAUGACCAAAGACGAGGAGAUACCAGACUGGGUCGGGGCUCAGGAGUUCUACGGCAAGUAUGAGCCCAAGGAGAUUCUGGGAAGGGGAGUGAGCAGUGUGGUGCGUCGCUGCAUCGACAAACACUCGUCUCAGGAGUACGCGGUGAAGAUCAUCGACAUCACCCCCUCAGACAAGAUGAGUCCGCAGGAGAUCGAGGAGCUCAGAGAGGCAACAGUGAAGGAGAUUGACAUCCUCAAGAAAGUCUAUGGACGUGACAACAUCAUACAGCUCAAAGACUGCUUUGAGUCCAAAGCCUUCUUCUUCUUGGUUUUUGACCUGAUGAAAAGGGGUGAACUUUUUGACUACCUCACAGAGAAAGUUACUCUGAGUGAGAAGGAAACCAGGAAUAUCAUGCGUUCUCUGCUGGAGGUGGUCCAGUUUCUCCACAGCCAGAACAUCGUCCACCGGGACCUGAAGCCUGAGAACAUCCUUUUAGACGACGACAUGAACAUCAAACUCACCGACUUCGGCUUCUCUGUGCAAAUACAGCCGGAAGAGAAGCUCAAAGAGGUGUGUGGGACCCCUGGUUACCUGGCUCCUGAGAUCAUCGAGUGCUCCAUGGAUGCAGGACACGCAGGAUAUGGGACUGCUGUGGACAUAUGGAGUUCAGGGGUGAUCAUGUUCACUCUGCUCGCAGGCUCUCCACCCUUCUGGCACAGGAAACAGAUGAUGAUGUUGCGUAUGAUCUUGGCCGGCAGCUACGACUUUGCAUCUCCAGAAUGGGAGGACCGCUCAGACACUGUUAAAGAUUUGAUCUCUCGGAUGCUGGUGGUGGACCCAAAGCAGCGUUUCACCGCCACAGAUGCUCUCAACCACUCGUUCUUCUCACAGUAUGUGGUGGAUGAAGUGCGGCAGUUCAGUCCAUACAGGCGCUUCAAGGUCAUUUGCAUGACUGUGCUCGCCACCAUGAGGAUCUACUGCAACUACCGCCGUGCCAAGCCUGUCACCAAGGAUGUGAUCCAGAGCGACCCAUACGCUGUCAAGCCCAUCCGCAAGCUCAUUGACGCCUGUGCGUUCAAGAUCUACGGCCACUGGGUCAAGAAGGGCCAAACUCAGAACAGAGCAGCACUUUUCGAGAACACUCCCAAAGCCAUCCUGCUGUCGAUAGGGGGAGAGGCAGAUGAGCCGGCCCACCACAUCUGGUAACAAGCACUUGUUCCUCAGGGCAGAUCUGCUGAGGCUUAUCGGGGAUACACUUGUACUCUGUGUGGCUUUUUGUACCUUUCCCCAUCGUAUGAAAGAAACGAACUGGUAAAAAGUAACCGACUACUACCAGACGAGGUUCACAAGUAUGUCUUUAAUGUGUGCAGCAUAUUCUCUAAUGAAAAGCAGUAUUUAUUACCACAGUGCUAUUGUGCCAAGCGUGGCAACCAAGACAUGUGGAACAUUACCGGUGGGAAGAUGUGUCACUGUUCAACAGUUUGCUUGCUGUCGCAAAGGUAGAAAAAAAUGAUCGUAAAAUAACAGAUUUGCUUGUAAAAAAAAAAAAGAAAAAAAAAAGAAAGAAAGCUAGAGAAACUAUUUAAUUUGAAAUGAGCCCAUGCUUAACUGUAUAUGCCGUAUUCUGAGGUUUUUUUGCGCUUGUUUAAAACAAAUGGAGCCAGCAGCCAUUCUGUUUCUUCAACACUAUGCAACAAUCUCCAUAUCCCAAAAGUGGACUCAUUGUUUCCACCUCAUCUUUUACUGUAUGAAAUAGACAUUGAUUUAAAUGUGCUGUUCAACAUUAGAAUAUAAAUGUCAAACAUGAAUGAUCAUGUUCAUAUAGAUCCCACUGAUUUCUGGGUGUAUAAAUGAUGCCCUGGAACAACAUGUUACUCUUUUCUUUCACAUUUUAUUAGAACGGCGAAACCAGGAUUUAGCAGCUAAUGCAAAACUUGUGAAAAUCACUUGCAUAAUUGACAGUGAACCUGCAUACUUGAAAUGCCAUUGACUUACAUUUAUGUUUGGCUAUUUGAUCAUUAUGCAGGAUGUAUUAUACUGGUUACCAGCUUCAAGGGACAUUUAUAGAUGAAAGGACUUGAAAUGUAUGCUAUGAAUUUAUUUAUUAAAACUUGCAUUUAAUUUAAA